AUGAGUCUCCGACUAGCCACCCGGCGGCUGGCGGUUACAGCCAGGCCCGCGAACCCUGUAUCAAGCACACCUACCCCCCUCUGGUCAGUCGGCGUCGGACCUUCGGUGCAACGACGACACAAAUGGGCCGCCAACAUCUUCAAGGGAUGGGGUAAGCCCAAGAACAAGGACGCCGCCUCCUCCUCCACCGCGGACCCCGUGACCUCGCAGCUCGACGACCCCAAGAGCCGUGAGCAGUUUCUCGAGAAGAGCAUGUACAGCGGUGUCGAGGACAACAUCUUCCAGGACGAGAUUGAGGCUCCCUCCAAGGGCCGUCCCGAAGCCGCUCCGGGAGGCGCCGAGGCCGAGCAAAAGACGAAGGAGAACAUGGCCUUGAUCGUGGAUCCCGACCCGAGGAGCCGUAUCCGCUGGCAGCGCAAGAAGGUGAUCAAGAUGGUGCAGAACAAUGGCCGGAUGACCAAGGAGGAGCGAAUCAGGAUGAACGAGCGGGAGCUCCUGCACAAGAGCGAGUUCAUGGCCACCAGCGUCAAGAAGCUCACCAUGCUGGCACGCCAGAUCGCCGGCAAGCCCAUCGACGAGGCAAUUCUGCAGAUGAAGUGGUCCAAGAAGAAGUUUGCGGCCGAGAUCCGGUACUACCUCGAGGAGGCCCGCGACCUGGCCAUUGCCCAGCGUGGCAUGGGACUCGGCAAAGUCAACGGCGAGACUCUUGCGAAGCCGUUAAAGGUCCAGACGCAAAAGGGCAAGUUCCUCGAGAUUGAGGAUCCCACGAGCAUCUACAUUGCUCAGUCGUGGGUUGGCCGGGGUCCGUGGCGAGGAAAGAAGAUCGACUACAAGGGUCGAGGACGAAUGGGAAUUAUCAGACACCCGAGCACAAGCUUCACGGUUUUGCUCAAGGAGGAGAAGACGAGGAUACGACAACAUGAGGAGCGCACUGCCAAGGAGCAGCGCAAGGGACCCUGGGUACAUCUGCCAUCACGACCAGUAUACGGACAAAGGCCAUACUAUGCUUGGUAG